CGGCAUUUUUCACUACUUCAUUAAGAUCGAAAGAGGAAGGAGGAAACGACGAAAAUUUGCACUUAUUAAUUUAGCGGAGUGCGGCAUCGGUGAUUUUGAAAUUUUAUCUAUAUUUAACUAUAACUAAGUAAAAAAGCAACCAGCAAAUAUGUCCGACGAAAAGAAGGGAGAAACAGAGCACAUCAAUCUGAAAGUUUUGGGUCAAGACAAUGCUGUUGUCCAGUUCAAAAUUAAAAAACAUACACCCUUAAGAAAGCUUAUGAAUGCUUAUUGCGACAGAGCGGGGCUAUCCAUGCAAGUAGUACGGUUUCGUUUUGAUGGUCAACCAAUAAAUGAAAAUGACACACCAACAUCAUUGGAGAUGGAAGAAGGUGAUACUAUCGAAGUGUACCAACAGCAGACGGGAGGCCGAAAUUAAUUUUGAAAUUAACCACGCAAAUCUAUAAUAAAUUCACUUAAACAUGAAAAAAAUCAAUUUAAUAUACAAAAUACAGAAGAAAUGUUAAAAUAAGUAUCAUCCAAAAAAAUGCUGAAGAAAUACUAAAUGAGCAGCAAGCCCCUCAUUUGUGAAGAGAAAGAAUGCUGCUAAAAAAAAAAAAAAAACAAAUUAAAUCUGCGCAAAUCUUUACCAAGUUUCAGAUUGUUUAAAAAAGGGGGUUUGUUGAUCAUGUGCGAGACGAUACGAAAUGCCGCUCAAGAGUGCUUGCAACAAAAUGGAACCAGGAUAUAAAUUUUACAUUUUCUAAUAAUUUAACUUUACACUAUUUUAUAAGCAGUUUGUAUCGAAUUAAUUUUAAUUUAUGAAUGGAAACUAAAGAACGCAUUUAUUAUUAGCCAGACCAAACUUUUUUCAUUGUUCACUAAAACAAAAAAAAAAACAUUACAGAAUGAGUUGAGUUGCAUUAGGCACGAGCGAUGUGGAGUUUCACAGUCUUUGACCACAAACCAUGUUGUGCUUUCAAUGCGAAUUCGUUGUGCGCAGACGGGCAAACGGCAGGUUUAAUUUACAUAAGUAAAUUUUUUAGAUCUUAUAACUGUGUAUUAAACAAAUUAAAAAAAGCUGAAGAAAUAUACGAGUAUGGAAAACAAAACAA